UGGCCAUCAGCCCCGGUCUCUCCUCAGCCGGACCGGACACACGGCGGCGGCGGAAGGAGGGAGGGGUCUGAGCCGCUCCGGGAAACUAGAGGCUCGUUGCAGCCUCCGCCGAGUGAAGUCAGGCUGUUUCCAGACCGCAAUGGCUAUGGGUCUUACGUCGAAAAAAUCCUCUUCUAGAAACAUCGGCGUGGAACGCAAGAAUCUCAUCACCGUCUGCAGGUUCUCUGUGAAGACGUUGUUGGAAAAGUACACUGCAGAGCCUAUCGAUGACUCAUCGGAGGAGUUCAUCAACUUUGCAGCAAUUUUGGAGCACAUCCUCAGUCAUCGUUUCAAAGGUCCAGGUGGUUGGUUCAGUUCAGAUGGCCAAAGGAGUUUCUGGGACUAUAUCCGUCCAGCAAACACCAAAAUUAUUUCAUCCUGCUUCACUAGCAAAGCUUUAUCUGCAGCUGUUUACUCUCUCGUUAUCCUACAGGGACGAGCCUGGAUUCGUGUAGCUUUGAUGGAAAAGCGUUUGUCUGAAUAUGUAGCCACUGCAUUGAGAGACACUCGGACAACCAGGAGAUUUUAUGAUGAUGGUGCCAUAAUGCUCAGGGAGGAGGCUACUGUUCUGACAGGGAUGCUAAUUGGACUCAGUACCAUUGACUUCAGUUUCUGUCUAAAAGGAGAAGUUUUGGAUGGAAAGACACCUGCAGUGAUUGACUACACACCUUACCUAAAGUUCACCCAGAGCUAUGACUACCUGAGUGAUGAAGAAGACCGCCGCAGUGUGGACAGCAGUGCCAGUGAUGAGAGUGUAGCUGAGCAUCCUUACAUUCCUUUGGUCACAGACGAAGAGACCUGGAGCAACAAAUGCCGAAAGAUGGAGCAAAGAUUCAAAAUCAUCCAUGCCCAAAAGGGAUAUUUAGAGGAAUUGGUCCGCUUGAGGGAAUCCCAGCUGAAAAAUGUAGAAACCGAGAACAAGCGGCUUGAUGCUAAACUAGAGGAACUACAGGUCCAGAGUCAACAGGAGAAGAAGGAACUGGAGGCCAUUAUACUGGAGCUUCAAGCUCAACUCACUGGCAUCAUUCCUUGUGAGUCCUCUCAUUUGGUACAAGGACUGUCUAUUCCACUCAUUAACCAAUGGACAACUGCACAAGCCGCCAACAACCAAGGAAAUGUAAAGCUGUUCCGUCGGAGAAGUUUUCACAGUUUGGACCUCUCAGUUGAUGUGAGUUUGAACUCUGACUCUCAGAAGGAAGACAGCAAUCAGAAUGGAGACUCAGCGUGGUCAGCAGCUAAAGACAACACUCCCUCAAUGCUCGGUCUAUGUGGUUCUUUGGCUUCUCUACCCAGCUGUAAGUCACUGGCAAGUCUCAAGUCCAGUGAGUAUUUGGUCAACAUCAGCACAGAGCCAAGUCCUGCCCUGUCUCCCAGCUAGGGGGCGCCAAAUUAUGAGCUGAAACAAUAUACAAGGUGUUUUAUCUGAAUUUGGUU